CAAUAGUUAUAUCUUCGGUUUUUUUCUCCCUUCUUUGAAAUGACGUCUGGGACGAGGCUACCGACAUGGAAAGAAAGAGAGAAUAACAAGCGGAGAGAGCGGCGGAGGAGAGCAAUAGCGGCGAAGAUCUUCGCCGGACUUCGGAUGUACGGUAAUUAUAAGCUUCCAAAGCACUGCGAUAACAAUGAAGUUCUCAAAGCUCUUUGUAACGAGGCCGGUUGGACUGUCGAACCCGAUGGCACUACUUAUCGUAAGGGUUGCAAGCCUGUUGAGCGCAUUGAUAUGGUUGGUGGAUCUGCAACGUUGAGCCCCUGUUCGUCUUACCAACCAAGCCCUUGUGCUUCUUACAACCCAAGCCCUGCAUCAUCAUCCUUUCCAAGCCCAGCUUCUUCUUAUGUGGUUAAUCCCAAUGGUGAUGUGAAAGCUCUUUUCCCCUGGCUCAAGAACCUAUCAUCUGCCUCCUCAUCAGCAUCCUCUUCCAAGCGUCCCUAUAGCUACAUUCACGGUGGUUCUAUUAGUGCUCCUGUGACCCCUCCAUUGAGCUCACCCACUGCUCGAACCCCACGAAUCAAAAAUGACUGGGAGUAUCAGUCUACUCACCCAAAUUGGAGUGCACAACAGCGGUCUUUCCUACCUUCUUCAACUCCCCCUAGCCCUGGUCGUCAGAUCGUUCCCGACCCAGAAUGGUUUACUGGGCUCCGAACCCCUCAUAGCCGGCCAACGUCUCCCACAUUCAGUCUUGUCUCCUCAAACCCCUUUGGCUUCAAGGAGGAAGUCUUAGCCGGUGGGGGAUCCGGCAUGUGGACUCCCGGACAAAGUGGGACAUGUUCUCCUGCAAUAGCUGGAGGAUUAGAUCAUACUGCUGAUGUUCCAAUGUCUGAAGCUAUUUCAGAUGAGUUUGCAUUUGGAAGCAAUGCAACCGGGAUAGUAAAGCCAUGGGAAGGGGAGAGAAUACAUGAAGAAUGUGGAUCAGAUGAUCUAGAACUCACUCUUGGCAGUUCCAAGACUAGGUGAGUCCUCUUAGCAUUAACUUUGAUCCCAUGUUUGUUCGGUCGGGAAACAAUAGGGA